AUGGCGGAAGCUGUUUCAUCCCAUCGCCUGCUGAACAGAGUUUGCAUCGUAACCGGAUCAUCAUCCGGACUCGGUCGAGCAAUUUCUUUGGCGUAUGCGCGAGAGGGCGCCUUUCUCGCUUGUGUUGACUUGAGACCAGAUGCGCGACAAGAGAUAGAGGCUGAGCGGGGGAUCGAUACGGAUGCCUUAAUUCGACAGAAAGGAGGGAGAGCUGUGUAUAUCAAGGCGGAUGUGAGUCUUGCUCUCGAGGUAGAAGAAAUGGUAAAAGCGACGGUUGCAGAAUAUGGUCGCAUCGACGUGUUGGUCAACAAUGCUGGUAUCUCCAUCGAGGCUGGGAAGAAGGCCCUUAGGAUCCACGAGACACCGGAGCAAUGGUGGGACUUGACGAUGGCAGUUAACACCAAAUCGGUAUUCCUCGCUAGUAAAUACGUGAUUGCUCAGAUGCUGUCUCAAGACAAGCUCGUUUCCGGAGAUCGCGGCUGGAUCAUCAACCUAUCCUCCAUAUAUGGCCUGGUUGGGGGUAAAGAGAUUCCAUGCUAUGCCGCUUCUAAAGGAGCUGUAACGAAUCUGACGAGGCAGAUUGCGAUGGACUAUGCUAAGGAUGGCAUCCACUGCAACGCUAUAUGCCCGGGAUACACCGCGACAGCCAUCUUUGAAAAUACGACCCGAAUCCAUGACGCCGAGGAGAUCGGGCAGCGUCACCCAUUGCAUGGCAUUGGUAUGCCAGAGGAUAUAACUGGAGCUGCUGUAUUCCUCGCAAGCAGCGAAGCACGCUGGAUCACCGGUGCUAUGUUGUCAGUGGACGGAGGAUACACCGCUCAAUGAC